GCUCUCUUCCCAGCACCAUCGCUAUCAGCGAGACCGCCAAACAGAGGCGAUCACAGUGUCCCUAAGGAAUCUCCAAGAACGUGAAACGUCUCGCUAGCGAUCGAUCAUGCCCGGAGGCCUCCUUUUCAUCUACUCAGAGCCGGGGUCAGCGGUUACGACCGAGGAGUUCAACGAUUGGUACGACAACGAGCACGUACCCACCCGCCUCCCCAUCCCCGGCUUCCAGACCUGGUCCCGCUGGGUCGCCGCCGACGGGAAGACCCCGGACUACGCUGCGAUCUACGACAUCGACUCCCCGACCGUCGCCUCCACCCCGCCGUACACAGACCUCGCGAAGACCCGCUCCGAGCGCGAGAAGGCACUGAUCGCGCGCGCCGCGCUGUUCGACCGGCGCACGUACGAGCUGCUCGAGCCCGUGUACGGCCCGAAGGACGGGCCCGCGUACGAUCCAGCCAAGCCGGGGCCGUUCGUGUGCGUCGCGGAGAUCGAGACGAGCCCCGAAAACGAGGAGGACUUGAACAGGUGGUACGAAGAGGAACAUAUGGCGUUGAUUGCAAAGGUCCCUGGGUGGGUGCGCACGCGCCGGUGUGUCCUCGUGAGUUCUGCGGCGAUGGGCUCGGAGGCGAAGGGCGGGAAGCCAGCGAAGUUCCUAGCGCUGCAUGAGAUGGAGGAUCUGUCGGUGCUGGAGACAUCGGAUGAGUUCAAGGCGGCGGCGGGGACUGAAUGGUCGAAGAAGGUGAUCUCGAACGCGACGGUGUUCCAUGUGCGGAUGUUCAAGGUUUUGAGGAUGUGGGAGGGACCGAAGUGACAAGUAGAAGCUAUUGCUUCAUGGGAGUUAUGGUAGAGCCACGGUUAUCGUUUUCCAUAGCCAGCGAACGUAUGCAGGGAGGG